AUGAUGGCACGUCUACGCACCCUGCGCGUCUACGCAAGGACCCAGGAGGAGAAGGAUGAGGAGGUUGAGAGAAUUGUAGACAAAAGGAAGAACAAGAAGGGCAAAUGGGAAUAUCUCAUCAGAUGGAAGGGCUAUGGAAGCAAUGAAGACACCUGGGAACCUGAACAUCAUCUCCUGCACUGUGAGGAAUUUAUUGAUGAGUUCAAUGGACUACAUGUUACUAGAGAAAAGCGAUCAAGACAUGGGAAACAGGCUGGCACUCCAAAAUUUUUACGGGAAAGUCGAGGGUCAUCUGUUGAAAAAAUAUCCCACAGAACCGAAUCUGGGAAGUCUAAAGGGUCAACACAUAAAAGAAAGAGAAUUAAUCCAUCUCUUCAAAAGCAGAAAAGAGGAUACACAGCAAAGCCAGCAUCUUCUAGUGACAGAGCCGCUAAAACUGUGACUUACCGAACUACUCCCAGUGGUUUACAGAUCAUCCCGCUGAAAAAGCCACAGAAUGGUCUGCAGAAUGGAGAUGGCAGUCAUGAAAAGGAUGCUAGACACUUUGGGAAUGGCUCACAAGAGCAAAACAUGGAUUUAAAUGAUCAUGAAGGAGAACACAAUUUGCCUAGUGGUUUGGAAGUUAGUAAUGAUUCGCCUGUUGUGAAUGGAAUUGGUUCUUCUCUGGCCAAUGGAAGCUUGAACCUACACAGCACUGUGAAAAGGAAACUAGAUGGGGAGAAAGAUUAUGUCUUCGAUAAGAGACUACGAUACAGUGUACGUCAAAAUGAAAGUAACUGCCGGUUCAGGGACAUUGUAGUGCGAAAAGAAGAUGGUUUCACACACAUUUUAUUAUCCAGUCAGACUUCAGAUAACAAUGCACUGACUCCAGAGAUCAUGAAGGAAGUUCGGAGAGCAUUGUGCAAUGCAUCAGCUGAUGACAGUAAACUCUUACUUCUCAGCGCAGUGGGAAGUGUAUUCUGUAGUGGCCUAGAUUACUCAUAUUUAAUUGGCAGGUUAUCCAAUGACAGAAGAAAGGAAAGCACUAGGAUUGCAGAAGCUAUAAGGGAUUUUGUAAAAGCUUUUAUUCAGUUUAAGAAGCCAAUUGUGGUUGCUAUCAACGGCCCUGCUCUCGGGCUAGGAGCUUCUAUUCUACCACUAUGUGAUAUCGUUUGGGCAAGUGAGAAGGCAUGGUUUCAGACACCAUAUGCAACAAUCCGACUCACUCCAGCUGGCUGCUCAUCAUAUACAUUCCCACAAAUACUGGGUGUUGCACUGGCAAAUGAAAUGUUGUUCUGUGGGAGAAAGCUGACAGCACAGGAAGCCUGCAGCAGAGGACUCGUGUCACAAGUAUUUUGGCCAACAACAUUCAGCCAAGAGGUGAUGCUACGAGUGAAGGAAAUGGCAUCCUGCAGUGCAGUGGUAUUGGAAGAGUCUAAAUGCCUUGUGCGAAGCUUCCUGAAAUCUGGACUGGAAGAUGUGAAUGAGAAAGAGUGCCAGAUGUUAAAGCAGCUGUGGAGUUCUUCCAAAGGACUGGAUUCAUUAUUCAGCUACUUGCAAGACAAAAUUUAUGAAGUCUGAUGUCAUUGUCUAACUUAAGAGAAAAUGCUCCGACUGUAAACAGAGCCCAUGAUUACCUGUGUUUGAAAAGCAGAGGCAAUGCAUCCUUGAGGAAUUUGUGGCAGUGUAUCUUAAUACAUAUGGUUGUGUCCAUUUCCGUGUGAGUUACACAGCUGCUUCUAGCUGGUUUGAUUUUGUGUAACAGAGAUGUAGGCAGGCUUGCUCAGUGCACAUAAUCUCUGCAGAGGGCUGCGUCUUUCACCUGCUCAUGAAGAUAAACGUUCACAUUCCACGUGCUGAGAAGCACCACCGAGGCCCAAACAGGCACCGUCUGUAACGACUGAUUUUUGUCUGUCCUUCUUAACUUAUUCUUGCUGUUGCAACACACUUGGGCUGACCCAGAGGGCUCGAUCUGAAAAGUGGGCCAUUGUAACAUUUUGUAGACCCAACCACCACACUUAUGAAAUAUUUUAAUAUUUUUUUCUAGGUUCUACCAGUGUAAUGGAAAAAUCUGAUAAUUUAUAUGUAUAAUAUGUAAAGUUAGUUUUACAAAAGUACUAGAAUUUUUCUUCAUUGAAUUUAUUUAACUUAUUUAUUUUGUGUUCAUAUUCAGCUGUUGGGUGAUCAAAGAUCUUAUUUUCAUACUUCCCUUGACUGAAUUAAUGGUAUCACAUAAGAAUGCAAACAUUUUUAGCAGCGAGCUGUGUAGAAUAUAAAGACUAUGUAGAAAACACACAGUAUGCUGUGGGCACUAACAGAAACAGCCAUGUGUAUGCGAGAAAAUUGUACAAAGAUGUAUUUGCCAGGGUUAAGGAUAAGAAAAGGGGAUUCUGAAACAGCGAGGCCCCCUAAGCCUCUCUUCACUUCCUGCCUUCUUGAGGAGCACUGAAGGGCUUGCCAACAAGAUGCUUUCUUUAAGUUUACUCUAUUCCUGUUAGCCGGACGUCAGUAACAGGGUGAGCGGUGCCGUUAUGUGGCUUCUUACUGUUCUUCAGGUUUAAAGAUCCUCUUUUGGUCUGAAGUCUAAAAAUGAAUCUUUCUGAGCCUUAGUCUAGUUGCCUGCUUGCUCAGGUGAGCUCAUUUCUGCUCUGGGGG